AUAUUUACUAAACAAAUCUAUAAUCAAAAUUCUGUGAAUAAUAAACGUCUCAAUCAGAGAGAAGCACCGUCAUCAGAAUAUUGAUCGGAGAUAGUUCACGGCGCCGAAUUCAUAGGAGAGUGUUUACUUGAAGCUACAUCAGUUGAAGGAUUCCUCGAAUUUGGAUUUGUUGAAAGGCGAAUUUUGAGGAAAACUGGCGACUUUAGUUGAACCCUCGGAGGGAAUUAAGCCAAAGAGAAAGCGUUGUAAUACAAUGUGGAAAACAUUGUUUGAGAUUGAUACAAAGUAUUGUCCAAUCAAGCCUCUUGGCGAAGGAGCAUAUGGCGUGGUGUGCUCAUUCGUCAAUAAAGAGACAGAUGAGAAAGUGGCAAUUAAGAAGAUUAGCAAUGUGUUUGAUCAUUAUGUUGAUUCAUUGAGAACUUUAAGGGAGCUGAAGCUGCUUAGACAUGUUCGGCACGAGAAUGUGAUCACUUUGAAAGAUGUUAUGAUUCCAGUCCAAAGAACAAAUUUUAAGGAUGUCUACUUGGUUUAUGAACUCAUGGAUACAGAUCUCCAUAAUAUUAUCAAGUCCUCUCAGCCACUUUCCAAUGAUCAUUGCAAAUUUUUCAUGCUUCAGCUACUUGAAGGUCUUAACUAUCUCCAUUCUGCAAAUAUUCUUCACCGCGACUUGAAGCCUAGGAAUCUGCUCGUCAAUGCAAAUUGUGAUUUGAAGAUAUGUGACUUUGGGCUUGCUCGAACCAGUCAAGUUGAUGGCGAGAGUAUGACAGAGUAUGUUGUCACACGUUGGUAUCGUGCUCCAGAGCUUCUAUUAGGAUGUGACAAUUAUGGAACCUCCAUCGAUGUCUGGUCAGUAGGAUGCAUUUUUGCUGAAAUUCUUGGUAGAAAGCCAAUUUUCCCCGGAAAAGAUUUUCUAGACCAAAUUAAACUCAUCGUAAAUGUUCUUGGAAGCCAAUAUGAAUCCGAUCUUCAGUUUAUCAAUAAUCCAAAAGCUAAGGGGUUUAUCAAAUCACUUCCCUAUACAAAGGGGACACGGUUCUCUCGUCUAUACCCAGAAGCAGACCCAUUAGCUAUAGAUUUAUUGGAAAAAUUGCUUGUGUUUGAUCCAGCAAGAAGAAUAAAUGUACUAGAAGCACUUCAACAUCCGUAUUUGGCUGAGCUUUAUGAUCCAUGUAACCCUUCUUCUCAAGUUCAAGUCAAUCUUGACAUAGAUGAAAAUUGGGAUGAACAAAUGAUCAGGGAAAUGAUGUGGAAUGAAAUGAUACAUUACCAUCCUGAAGCUGCUUCUGACUUCACAUAGUUUGUUUCUAGGAGUAGUUUACUAAAGAAAUACAUGAAUUAACUUUUGUAAUGCCUACCAUUUAUUUAGAGGUCCUAUUUUUAAUGUGUCACUCCCAUGAUAAUGAUAAUGACAUAAUGUAAGUUCUAGUCUACACAACCAUUCAACUAUUGUAUUAUUUGGCUACAUUUUUAAAUAGUUAAUGCUUAUCAGCUGUUUCCUUAAA